AUGGCCUUUAAAAUUGAUGAUGAAUUGAUCAAUAUGAUCGGUGAUUUUGCAAAUUUGAAUCGUUCACCGGAAUUCAAAGUAAAAACAAAUGAAAAUCCAUCAAAAGUAGCAAAAGCACCAAUUAACCGUCAAUAUUCUCUUAAUUUAGCUGUUGGUGUUUCGGAAGAAAUACCACCUUUUAAUGAGGUAAAUAGUACAACAAGACGACAAUCAACUGGUAAAAUAUCCAAUCCAAUACAUUUAAUUAAUAAACGUACUUUCUCAGCUCCAAUACAGAUGAAAAAUGAUAUUGAAAAAAUACGAAAAAAACAUGAAAAACAUGGAAAUUUUUCAUUAUUAAACAAUAAAAAUAUUGGAAAUAAAGAAUUAAAUUUUGAAAUAUUAGCAGAAGAAGAAACAGAUUUGCUAUUAUCAACAAAUAAUAAUGAAACAGAAUGUGUAAUAAAUCAGAAUGAAGCAUUAACAAAUGAUAAUGCUGAUAAUAAUAAUGAUAAUCUAUCUGUAAAUUCAACACUGUUACUACCACAAUCAUUUCAUACUAAAAUUAUCAAUAAUGUGGGUCAUCGAGGAUCUAUUAUUCUAAUUGAUGAUGAUGAUGAUGUUGAUGUUGAUGUUGAUGUUGAUAUUGAUGAUAAUAAGUCAAUAAAAAAGUAA